AUGCGUCUUUCACGAUCAUUCGCCCUGCUUGCAGCCGUCACUGGCGUGCUGUCGUACGCGGUGGAGCUGCCUGCCGGUGUUCCGAGAUCUCUGCAAGAGUUCAGGGACGUCCACCCCUACACGCCCCCUUCGAAUGGGUGUGGACGCAAGACUGUCGAGAUCCGCGCUUCGAGGAACGACACGGAUGACGUCUCUGAGGAGUUCCGCAAGGGACUUCAGGACGCUAAUAACGGCGGUACACUGUACUUGCCGAAAGGGAAGACUUUCGUCAUUGCGAAGGCUCUUGACUUGACUUUCCUAAACGACGUGCAUUUCACCAAUGAUGUCGCUUACUGGCAAGAAAAUGCCUUCGAGCACCCGUUCCAAAAAUCCAUCAUGUUCUGGAAGUGGGGUGGAAAGGACAUCAAGAUCUAUGGUGACGGUGUCAUCAAUGGACAAGGCCAGCGCUGGUGGAAUGAGUUCAACGCCGGUAUUGGAUCUAUCUUGAACCCUGACAACAAAUACCUUCGGCCCAUUCUCUUCUACGUGGAGAACACAACCAACCUAGAGGUUGAGGGUAUUCACAUGAAAGAUUCACCUUGCUGGACAAACUUCAUCGUUGGAUCCAGCAACAUCCAGUACAAGGACGUCAUCGCCACGGCCAUCACGAACAACGGCAGCAUCAUCCCCAAGAACACGGAUUUCUUCGACUCUCUCGACGUGCAGGACGUCCGCAUUGAGCGUGUCUGGGUCAACAUUGACGAUGACUGUUUCUCCCCCAAGUCCAACAACACCAACCUCUACGUGAAUACGAUGUACUGCAAUGGUACUCACGGUCAAUCAAUCGGAUCUCUCGGCCAGUACGCCGGCGAGAUGUCAUUCGUAAAGGACGUCCACAUUGAAAACGUGUGGAUGUUGAACGGCGACUACUCGGGAGCUCGUAUCAAGACCUGGGCCGGCCCUAACGUCGGCUACGGAUACGUCGAGAACAUCACAUACAAGAACUUCUGGCUGGCAAGAAUGGACUACGGAAUCAUCCUCGACUCGUGCUACUUCAACAUUAACGAGACCACCUGCGAGCAGUACCCUUCCGGCAUGAACGUGUCCAACGUCUUGUUCGAGAACUUUACGGGCUACACGAGCGGUAUCUACGGUAACGCGGUCGCGAAGCUGACCUGCUCGACGAACCCCGAUGCCGUCUGCCACAACAUCACGGUGAAGAACUUCAACGUCACGAGCCCCUGCGGCGGUGAGCCUGUCAUCAUCUGCGAUGGCAUCGACGGUGGCAUUGACACGCCGUGCGUGAGUAUCGAUAGCGAUGAGGCGAAGGCUGCGUUGGCGGCCAAGUGCCAGACGCCGCUUGCCCCCAUCGACACUAAACCGUGGUAG